CGACAACAUGACUAUUAUCGACGUUAACUCCACAAACAUUAAAAUAUCCAGUGACCCGACUUAUUUUAUAUUAAAUUGUACAUUUGUGAUACCAAAGAUUAAUACCGACUCUGAAAACAUUGAAGUGUGGGUCACAAUGUAUCCUAAUAUCACUGGUCAAGACGAUGACACUAAGGCUGGCGUCACAAAGAUGAUAGACAUGGACUCAGGUGGGUGAACUAAGUUUUCUGUAAUUAGAUACAGAUGCAAAAUCAUUUUUCAUUACAUUACAGCAAGUGACAUAGGUACACUCCAAAAGAAUCACUAAGUAGUUUACACACUCACAAUUAUAUAACGUCUUUUAUAGACAAAAUCUACUCUCUCUCUCUCUCUCUCUCUCUCUCUCUCUCUCUCUCUCCCUCCCUCUCUCUCUCUCUCUCUCUCUCUCUCUUCUCCCUCUCUUUCUCNUAGGUACACUCCAAAAGAAUCACUAAGUAGUUUACACACUCACACUUAUAUAUCGUCUUUUAUAGACAAAAUCUCCUCUCUCUCUCUCUCUCUCUCUCUCUCUCUCUCUCUCUCUCCCUCCCUCUCUCUCUCUCUCUCUCUCUCUCUCUCUUCUCCAACUCUGUCUCUUAGAUAUAUAACAGCUUAUCUGCAGCAAAAUUCAAUUUCAGAUCUUCUAAAACUUCGUAAACUAAAUAUAUUCUUUAGAAAAAAUAUAACCCAAAAUAAAAUAAACAACACUUUCCCGCCUUAGGGAACGGUGGGUAUGAGUUGACAGAACAUAUUAACUCGGCCACGUCAAUAUCAAGACCAUACUAAGGGAAGAAAUGUGGCAGUGGCUAGAAAUAUCUCUACACAUAUUAUGUUAUACUAGAUCAUUCACUGGAGACACGUGGUGGUGGCUUUAAAUAGCUUAAUGUUGAAGUGAAAAAUAGAUAAAGACAUAUCAAUGUGAUGUAAGUAGUUAUAACAGUGCGGAGUUUUAUGUGCGCAAUUUUCAUGUGUACUUGUGUUGUGAGCUCAUUUGUCAUCAAAACAAAGAAAUAAUAUUUACUUAUAAUAUCACUUUAAUUAGUGGCAUAGCUAAAGCUGGUGUAAUCCGGUGCGGUAAACUCAUUUUGUCACAUCCGCCCCCUCCCCCCUUUUUUUACACCGACUUCGAAGAUAGAUUUAUUAUUAUUAAAUUAAGUCCAAACUAUAAAAAUGACAAGAACAAAAACAAAGUAAUUAAAGGUCAGGACGUAAAUGUAUUAAAGAAUAGUAUUUGAAAUGUAUAGGGGCCAAACUGAUCGAUACAUUGCUCGUGGGCCCUCCAAAUGUAGAUAAAGAAAAAUUAACAGCGAAACGUUAUAGUAUGUUUUACAUUUAUUACGCACUUCUAUCCGUACGGAGAAUUAAUCUCCAAUUUACAUAUAUGGCUCGUUCCAAAACUGUGUAUAACAAAAGACGAUACCAAAUGAUAAAAACAAUCACAGACAAAUACGAUGCUUGGAACAUAGCUAAUUACAAUUACUAAGUUUUAUUAAGUUAAUAAUAAAAUACAAAAGUCACAAAGGAAUAUAAUUGUAAACUAUUAACUUACAGUACCGUAUAUUGUGUGGCUGGUACAAGUGCAAUGUUGAUAUAAAACACAUUGUGCAAAAGGAACAAGUAAUGAAAGAAAUGACUACUGUAAACAAAGCACUCACUGCAUAACUUUCUCAUGCAAUAUGCACCUCUCGUAUUGCAGUCUGAUGUGUCAACCACUCGCCGUUAGACAAUUUUUGAAAAUUCAUACCCAUAGUAUUAAUGGCUCAAACGUUCAACAAUUUUCUAUCGAAUUCGAGACAAGAAAAACAGACGAUAGAUUUGUUUGUCGUAAAUAAGAUCAAAGGGAUAAAGACACGACCAAUACUAGGGGUCAGCUUAAGAUCGUUAACCAGAAAAUGAUUAAAUGGGAGUAAAACAGAACGCCUAUGUAUAAUAUCAUUACAUUUUCUUUAUUAAAAAAUUUCCUUUCUUGGCCUUCAAAGCUUCAAACCUGUCAAUCACUUGAUCAAAUUUAAUAUCCAUUAGCGUUUCACAUUCAAUUUAUAGUAGUGCCAGUUCAGAAAGCCUUGACUGUUCAAUGGUGGCUCGUAAUUAGGUCUUGAUAAGCCCUAAAUUUGAAAAACUCUUGUCACCUGAAGCCUUAGACACAGAGACAGUAGCAAACAAUUGAAUGAAAAUGAAUAUUGGAAGAUAUUCUAGGAAUUGCUAUUCAAUUAAAAUUUGCAAAACAUCUAAUACUGACCUAUCCUUGAAUUUGUGAAAUUCAAUAUAGCUACAUUUUAAAUAUAUAUAUAUAUAUAUUUAAAUUUUACUGAUUCGAUACAUUUACUUAAAAUCGCCCGACUGUAUCGUAUUUAAUUUGUUUUCGGCGAAAAGCUUUGUUUCUCGGAAUUUAGAUAAAUAUAAAUGCAAUUUACCGAAUACUUCAUUCUGCGUUGAAUAAUGUUCAAAAAGUAGUUUCUGACGCAUCAACCUUGAACUUUUAUUAAAGUACGCAUGUGGAUUUGUUGCACUUGUGGAAAACAUCCAUGUAAUCGGUUAUUCUUUUAUGAAAUUCCCAUAGACCGAACAGUGUUUGCUCUGUAAAUAAGCAACUCUUCCAUUUGGUGUAACUCUCUGUGAUGGUGUCAUCUGGACCGUCAGCUCCAUCCCCCUGCACCCCCCCCCCUAACUACGCCAACGGUUUUGAUUAAUUCGUCUUAGAUAUGAUUUAAAACGUAAAUUUUAUACUUGUUUGUUUACAUUAUACUAAAAAUACGCAGUUAAUUAUAUAUAAAGUUUUAUUUAUCCAAACAUAAUUCAGACGGGUUCACGCAUACCUAUUUUUUAAACAAGUGACGAAUUGCUGGUAUUAUCUGCCUUCCCUCUUCAGUUUUGCUUUUGCUAAAAUUGUUUGAAAUUAACCGUAUCGUCUAUUAUAUUUUAACAGUAUAUAAGGUAUUAAUGUUAUCAGUGUCUUCGGUUCUUCCAACUCAUACAACAUUUAGGCUGUGUUACAAGUUUGUGGCCCUUAUGUUUACGUACCCCACUAACACGACCGUGUCAGAUUAGCACAGCCAAGAAGCACGACGUCUGUAUCCGAACAAAGGCACAACCAACCUUGAGUUAAGCUGACAUUGACCUACUUUAUGGUCAAGCCUCUACAAAUGAGUAGGCCUAUAAGACUGGACGCAUGCUGCUGCCUCGAGGGGCAGACCAAAGACGGGACAUAUCGAGAUGUGGUUAGCCGUUCGUUGCAUUUGCUAAGUACAAGAUUGGGGCCAUUCAAUAGUUAGCAGAAAUAUUAUUUCCAGAAACUUAGACUAGUGAUAGUAUUGUGUAUAUUUUUAUUAUUGUGAGGAUUUUAGAUAUUGUAAGUGUUAGACUGGCAUUUCAUUAUAUGUAGAUUUCAUGUAUCUUUUUUCACAUUAUAGUCCAUGUAAUAAAGUACAUUUAUAUAGUGCACCGAUUGUCUUUAUUUUAGCCAAAAGUGUGUCUAAAAUCCACUUGUGUUAGCCCCCUUUUCUAAACCCCUAAACCACGAGCUUGUUCACAUUAAUUAAACACAAUAGGGUGCGUACCAGCUGAAUAAUUAAUACCAGUAAUAUCAUUCAAUUGGUAAACAAUUAUAAUUAUUUAUGAAAGCUUUAAAUUCUGCAACACUGUGGUUAUCCAUUACGGUUGUAGGUUUCAGAUGCCAUAUGUUGCUAUUUAAAAUAAUAGUGCCGGUUCCUUAAAUUCAAACGCUUAAAACGUUAACUUACAAUAUAAUUUUCUUUACAUUACAUUUAGUAUAAACUAUACUUAAUACAAUUUAUGUUGUAAAUAAAUUAAUACUUAGGCUUCUGUAUUUAUAUAUUACAGAGCAUGUAAUUUUGAAACGGAGACUUAGAGACUGCCCUAAGAUCAUUGAAGAAAAUGCCGAUGUCACUUUUUACUGUGAGGGAUCUGAAACUCCACGAGGCAAUUUUUCUGUUAGCUGGUUUGAUAACAUAUAUAGUGAGGCGGAUGCAUUCGGCACUG